CUUCUUUUUGUUUCUUUAUUUUAUUUAUUUAUUUUGUUUCUAUACCUUAAAAAAAGUUAUUCACUUUCUUUUUAUUAUAUUGUCUAAUUCUCUUGGUUUACUUGAUGUCCUUGGAAUCUCACAAUUCACAGUUGAAUAAACCAAACCCUUCUCUUGGACAUCGACGUCAAGCCUCAAUAGGGUUAGGCAUUAUUACAAACUUAGACAAUACAACUUUAGAUACAACUACAACAGUCUCAACAAAAAAUGCUUCAUUUUUUGAAACUUCAGAUAUUGCAAUACCACGUCCUCCUCCUCGACUUUUUUCUAUUGAAAAACCUCAACAUAUAACUCCAACUCCACUUGAAGAAAAUACUCCAACUUAUGCAAGUCGUUUACGAAAUAUUAUUAUUAUGAAUAACAAUAAUAAUAAUAAUAAUAAUCAAUUACAGUCAACAAAUACUGCUCCAACUCCAACCAAUGACAUCAAACAACAACAACAAUUCUCUGAUACUCUUUCAGAUCAACAACAAGAAUUGGUAACUAAAGUACGACGUGCUCGGUCCUAUCGAUUUCGACCUCCUUAUUACCAAGACGACGACGAUGAUGAUGAUCAAAUUAUGCCAUUACCAAGUCCAGUACCGAAUACUACAACAUCUAGUACGCCUCAUAAGCUUCCUUAUGAAUUACACCAUCAUCAGCAACAACGAUCUGGGUCCAUUUCAGUACCAGCAUCCAAUAUACCAUCAUCAGCUGAUCCUUCCUCUUCUGCACUACAUAUACCAGCAUUACCUAAUUCUCCUGUGACUCCUCCUUCUCCAACUACAUCAACAAGCAUACCCAUCAUUGCCAUUUCACCUUCUUUUGUGCAUAAGAACGAUGUCAUUCCACAGUUAUCAGAUCAUCCAAUGUUAGGCGAUAUGGAUGAUAAUCGAAUUACAUCUUUGAAUAUCCAAAAAUCAACCUUUGAUAAAAGAAAAAUAGGUGGGAUGGUACGUGAAACGACUCAAGCUUCUACUACUCUCAACAAUGAUGAAGAUGAAGAUUUAAUCGACAAACAAUUAGGUGACUUUUAUAUACGACGAUUAUUGGGUAUGGGCGCUUUUUCCAAAGUUUAUCUAGGUGAACGACACAAUCAUCAAAAGAACAAGGGUCCUGAAUUUUUUGCCAUUAAAACCAUCAACAAAUUGGGUAUGAUGAAAAAUCCAAGGGUUCGAUCCAGUAUUGAACGUGAAGUCGGUGUUUUGAAGUUUAUCGAUCAUCCACAUAUUGUUCGAAUAGAAGCUACCAUGGAAACAGAACAUAGUUUAUGUAUCAUUUUGGAAUAUGCAAAAGGUGUGGAACUUUUUGAUUUUGUUCAACAACUACAUCAGCGUCUUCAUGCUAUGGAUGAAAAAGUGGAUGAAAAUUUGGUCAAACAAAUCUUUUUACAAUUGGUUCAUGUGGUAAAAUGGAUGCACAAGCAUAAUAUUGUUCAUCGGGAUCUCAAAUUGGAAAAUAUUUUGAUACAUAUGAAUGAACGACAUGAACCUAGUUUGAAGGUGACUGAUUUUGGUUUAGCGCGUGUGAUUGACCCGGAUUCACCCAUUCUUACAACACGAUGUGGUAGUGAAGAUUAUGCAGCACCAGAAAUUGUACAAAGUAAAGGUUAUGAUGGAAGACAAACUGAUACUUGGGCUCUAGGUAUUAUAUUGUAUAGUUUAUUAGUGGGAUAUCUUCCAUUCCGAUAUGACGUAUCAAAAGGUGAACGGGUGACACAAAUGUUUUAUCGAAUUGUACGUGCUCAAAUCAAAUGGCCAAAGACAUGGGAUCUUCAUUGUCAUUUAGCUAUUAGCUCACAAGCAAAGGACGUGGUGGAACGAAUACUUGUACGACAACCUGAACUACGGAUAUCUUUGGAUGAUAUUGAACGACUACCUUGGUUUCAACAGUAGAUGAUUAUAUUAUUAUUAUUAUUAUUAUUUGACAUUUUCUUACUAUUUAUUCCCUUAUAUUAUUUAUAUUUUAUUUAGUUUAUUGUAUUUUUAGUAUACACUUUAUUCUGUUUCCCAGUGUUUUCAAAUAAAGUUAGCUCCGCCAAUUUUUUUCUUUCCCU